CUUAAGGCUCAUUCGUUAUUUUGCACUUCAAUCAGACACAUCUAUCGAACCAUGUUGGCUAAAGUGCUAUUCUUACUUUUUAUUAUUCACUCUUCACAUCAGUCAUCAUUGCCAUCUGAUCCAACUUACAAAGCAGCCGUUGUUGAAUUUAAUUUUGGAUUAGUUCAAGAAUUAAAUGCAGCAGAUCGAACGAAAGCCAAUUUGGACAAGUAUAUAAAACUUAUGGAAGAGCCUGAAAAUGAUAUCGACAUAAUCAUAUUUCCAGAAAUGACAUUCAAUAGGAUGGAAACAGCAGCAGAAAUUCCAGAACCAUCUGAGAAAGUAGCACCAUGUGACAGCGAUAAAUAUACAGAGGACAACGUUGCUAAGAAAAUGUCAUGUUCAGCUAAGCAGUAUGGACGUUAUGUGGUUGCAAAUAUGAUAACAAAAGCAAAAUGCCCUGAUGCUGAAAUGACUGAAAAUGUUGAUCCAAGAGAUUGUAAGAAGCGAGAAGAUGGUUUUAGCUAUUAUAAUACAAAUGUAGUCUUUGAUCGGGAUGGUGUUGUCAUUUCGCGUUAUCGCAAGUUUAAUUUGUUUGGUGAAGAAGUAGAUAAGCCGUUUAAACCACAAAUGGCAACAUUUACAACUGAUUUUGGUGUUAAAUUUGGGCACUUCAUAUGUUUCGAUUUAAUGUUUAGAUAUCCGGCCGUUGAACUCAUUCGUAACCAUAACGUAACAGACAUCAUUUUCCCAACAAUGUGGUUCUCAGAAGCUCCAUUCUUGACAGCUGUUCAGGCUCAACAAAAUUGGGCACAUUCUCAUAAUGUAAAUUUAUUGGCAUCUGGUGCAAACUUUCCAGCAAUUGGAUCAACAGGAACUGGCAUUUAUGGUGGUAAUAAAGGAGCAUAUGCGAUGGAAAUGGGAGGUGAUAAUAAAACUUCGGUUCUUGUCGCAACUGUUUAUAAGAAAAUUAAGGAAAAUGAGGAUGUGACUAUUGAGCAUAAGAUCACUAAGUACACGAAGAAUGAAAUGAAAACAUUGAAGCUUAAAAGAGAUCAACUGGAUGUUUAUGAUAUGACAUUUUUAAAUGAUACUGAUGGAAUUCACUCGAAUGAGAUGAAAGUCUGUCAUGGAACUACAUGCUGUAAUAUAAAAGUUAAUUAUACGAUUCAAAACUCAGCAACAAGGAAGCACUAUCAAUAUGUUAUGGCAUUUAAUCACGGCCAAAGAACAUUCGAUGGAUUUGCGAAUGGUGGAAUCGUGGCUUGUUCGAUUCUAGCUUGUAGUAACAACACAAAAGCUGGAUGUGGAGUAAGAGAUGAAAAUUUAGAGAAUAUCCAUCAAUGGACGAGUGUUGAAAUUGAUGGAAAAUUCCCAACUAAAGAUGAACAAUUUUUAUACAUGCCAACAUCACUAGACACAUCCAUUCUUCCUUUGCAACCUGAACAAUUCGAAUAUAUCGUCGCGCACAACGAAAAUGAAGAUGUAAUUGCUAUAAAGUUGAAUGGAAAUGCUGAAAACUUAUUAGCGUUUGGAAUUUAUGGACGAGAUUUUAAUUUAGACGUUAAUGGUGCAUCAGGAAUUACAGUUUCUAUAUCUUUAAUUUUAUUUGCCUUUCUAGCAAUCUUUAAAUUGAUGUAA